GCCCUCCUGUCAGCUGCCUAGAAAAUGGUCAGAUGUGACUCGAACCCCAAAAUAUUCUGCCUCGCACUCGUCUUUACGCACAGCUGCUUCAUCUGAACCAGUAGCUUUUACGCACGGAUCCUGCUGUGUCAUCUCUGUCCAUACCUGCGCUCACAGCUAAUUUCUCUGUAGCUGACAAAACAAGGGGCAAAUUAGAAGCAGAGGAAAUGUUUGGGAUGCGGAUGGGACUCACCGGAUGGUCCACAUGUUGCUGCCUGCUGAUGCUGAUUCACUGUUUGGCUCAAACAGACGCAGCCUUCGCAUGCAGCUCCACUCAGUUUAAGUGUGGAAAUGGGAGGUGCAUCACCCGCAGGUGGGUCUGCGACGGAGGCGACGACUGUGGUGAUGGAACUGAUGAACUGCCUGCAACCUGCGCGGCCAAAACCUGCCUGGAGUCAGAGUUUAACUGCGGUGCUCCAAUGAACCAGUGUAUUCCAGGAAGCUGGCACUGUGACGGCAAAGCUGACUGUGACAACGGCGCUGACGAGAAAAACUGCACUGCUAAGCAGUGCACAAGCGGUGAGUUCCAGUGUGCCAAUGGCCAGUGUAUUUCCACCGACUUCGUUUGCGACAACGACAACGACUGUUCCGAUGGCUCGGACGAGACUUCCUGCCCCAAGCCCACCUGCACCUCUCGGUCCUUCCAGUGCAACAACUCGGUGUGCGUCCCUGCUCUGUGGCGCUGCGAUGGAGACAAGGACUGCCUGGAUGGGUCCGAUGAGUGGCCCGAGAACUGCCCGGGGAAAGAGCCGGAGAAACCGACCCGCUGUGGCAUCCACGAGUUCCAAUGUGCGAAUGGGGAGUGCAUUCACAGCAACUGGAGGUGCGACGGAGGCAUGGACUGUCAGGAUCAAUCGGAUGAGGUCAACUGCAGUCGUCCUACUUGCAGCCCAGAUGAAUUUCAGUGUAGGGAUGGCACCUGUAUCCAUGGCAGCCGCCAGUGCGACAAAGAGCCCAACUGCAGGGACCUCAGCGAUGAGAUUGGCUGUCACAUAGAAAAUGUAUGUGAAGGCCCAACCAAGUUCAAGUGCCGCAGUGGGGAGUGCAUCAGCAUGGAUAAAGUGUGCAACAAGCAGAGAGACUGCAGGGAUUGGUCUGAUGAACCUGUGAAAGAGUGCAACACCAAUGAAUGUUUGGCUGGAAAUGGCGGCUGUUCCCAUUACUGCAGUGAUCUGAAGAUUGGCUACAACUGCUCAUGUCCUGCUGGAUACAUCCUGAAGAUGGACAAGAAAACCUGUGAAGACAUUGAUGAAUGUGCUGAGCCAGACACUUGCAGUCAGAUCUGCAUCAACCUGCCUGGCAGCUACAAGUGUGACUGUGACACGGGCUUCGAGAUCGACCCUGCAACCAAAGCAUGCAAGGCUGAAUCAGGAACUGUGCCCACCCUGUACUUCACCAACAGACAUGAGGUGAGGAAGAUCACAGUGGACCGCAGCGAGUAUGUUCGUGUCAUCCCUCAGCUGAAACACACAGUGGCUCUAGACAUGGAUAUGCCAAACAAGAUGAUCUUCUGGUCUGAUCUGUCUCUAAAGAAAAUCUUCAGCUCCAAGAUGGACGUGGCUGGUAACUCAUCUCACCACAGCGUGGUAAUUGGCAGUGGAAUUGAGGCCCCAGAGGGCAUUGCGGUCGACUGGAUCCAUGGCAACAUCUACUGGACUGACAGCGUUUUGAAGACAAUCUCCAUGGCAACGACUGAUGGCAGUAAGAGGAAGACCCUCAUCAGAGAAAACUUGCAGAAACCGAGAGGCAUCACAGUUGACCCAGUGAAUAACUUCAUGUACUGGACAGACUGGGGUGAGGAGGCUAAGAUUGAGAAGAGCGGGCUCAACGGAGCGGCUCGCGUUGCCUUGGUAACAGACAACAUUGUGUGGCCCAAUGGCAUAACCUUAGACAUGGUGAACCAGCGUCUGUACUGGGUGGACACCAAGUUGCACACUCUCUCCAGCAUUGAUGUAAAUGGAGGAACCCGCCACAGUCUCAUUUUCAGCGAGGAAACGCUCCCCCAUCCAUUCUCCCUGGAUGUCUUUGAGGAGAAAGUAUUUUGGACAGACGUGAACAGCCAAGCAGUUUUCAGUGCCAACCGCCUGACAGGAAAGGACAUCACCACACUGGCAACAGACCUACAGCAGCCAGAAGACAUCCUACUGUACCACAACCUCAAGCAGCCAAUUGGUACAAACUGGUGCAGGGAGGGUAACAGUAUGAAUGGAGGCUGUGAGUUUCUGUGCCUUCCUGCCCCUCGGAUCAACCAGCACUCUCCUAAGUACACCUGCGCCUGUCCUGACAACAAGAUCUUGGGAGCCGACAUGAGGAAAUGUGUGACAGAAGAGCCAGUUGUCCCUUCUGCCAAAAACAAAACUGGUGCACCACUCCCGACGCAAGCUCCUAGCCAGCCUUCUAAAACCAGGCAGCCUGUUACUACAACUACAACUACCACAACCACCACCAAAGAACCCACAACUACCUCAACUACCCAGCCUGCAAGGAGCACACUGAAGCCUGCUGCUAGUGCCCAAGGUAACAGACUGGCAGCCGGGCCUGAAGAAGCCCCUUCAUCCCAUCCUGUUGCUCUCUACAUUGUGGUCCCACUGAUGCUCAUGUCCUUGCUGGUGUUCGGAGCUGUGUUGCUAUGGAGACACUGGCGUCUGAAGAACACCAACACCAUCCACUUUGACAACCCCGUCUACCAGAAAACCACCGAGGAUGAGGUUCACAUCUGCAAGAACAGCUCCGACGGCUACGUUUAUCCUCAGAGGCAAAUCGUUAGCAUGGAUGACAUGGAUAUCGCAUGACCUGAAGAUGAAGAACAAUUCUAGCUUUAAAAUGAAGUGAUUUUCUUUUUCCUGAUGGAAACAUGAAGUAAAGGCCUUUUUUUUCUACUGCUGCUGGUUAACAAACCCUCUUGCCUUCCCCCAGUGACCUCAUUUUGUGGCUUGUGUUUCUGACCUCAGCACUGUGCCGUCCAAAUAUGCAAAGAGAACUGAAAAAAAAUGACUAUCUUUGAAACUUCAGUGUGGCAAAAUACAAGAAGCCAUUUAGUCAGACCACAAAAUAGUUUCAGAAUGAAGGAAUACUGAUGGUUUCGUGACUCUUUUGAGGCUGUCUGAAAAUCAUCUCUUUAAACACCCUUGCUAAAAUGCAGAUAGUUUGCGACCUGCACAUCACCUUAAGGUGCUGUGUAUCUAACAGACUUUAUGCUCUGCAAGUUCAACAUGAAAAGCCUGAGCUUUACUGUCUCAUGUGUGCCUUCCAACAACACUCUGGUAGUUUGCUUUGAAAAGUUUAUUGGAUGAGCAUUAAGUAAAUGCCUUAUUGAUCUUUCUAGCUUCAUUACAUCAUAUUGUGGCCUUGCAGGACGAACCUGGACACAGAGUAGCACCUUUAAUUGACUCCCAUAUCGGAGACAUUUGUCUUGACUAUCAUCCAUUAUAGUCUGUUCCAAAAGUUACCGACAUUUAAUCAGUAGUCUCGUGUUAUUAACGUUUUCCUUUUGUGUCCAGUCUCCGUAUAAGAUGUGUGAGUGUGGAGAGCCACAGAUGGUUUACAUUGUAAAUACAAAAAAGCUGCAGAUUUUUCUGAAGUCACCAAUGAAGAUGAUGUGUUUUUGUUAAAUGAAGAUAAUUAAGUAAAAGUGAUUGUAGUUGAUGACUUAUCACUGUAAAUAGUUUCUGUACAUAUUUUUGUAAAACACUCUUCAGUCCACUCUGGUGUUGCCUUUUGUAAAUUUUAAUCAAGAGAUAUUGUAAAUAUGCAAUAGAUUCUUUUAUUUAUUUAUGGAAAUACAUGUGAGAAGGUUUUUGAUUGUUGUCGACUGACUGUAAAUAGAGCACCUGCAAUAUAUUAACAUGAAACACAGUGAAGUAUUUUGCUCCAGCAGAGCCGGUCUAACCUUUACAUUGUGCAGCUGUUAUUUAACUUAAGUCAAUCAAACCUUCUGGACAGCUGCUCUGAUUCCUGCGUGAGUCACUGCUGCAGGGAAGAACUGCAUGAUGUCCCACUAAGCGCUGAAGAAACUCUCUUUGUUCCUCGUACCAUGAAAUAAUUUAUUUUGCUUUCCUUUUUUUGUUCUUCUUGUUGUUAUUUGCCUGUUUUUUUUGUUGUUGUUUAGUUUUUUAUGGGUUGGGAUUGAGGCACAUACUGUUGUGCAAAGCAUGAUGUUCUCCUUCACAGUCGAAUGUACGUACAAGUCUUUAAGAUUGAUGCACAGCAGUCUGCUUGUUAAUGCACACAGCUUCGUUCAGUUUUGGUUGUGCUGCUGUUUUUUUAAAUAAAAGAAAAACUAUU